AUGAACUACAUAGAAAUCUCGGCCAAAGCAUACUACAAGUAUACCACCUACCGGCCAUUCAUGAUCGACUGGAGCAUUGAGUACUGUCGGGCGGCACGCGUCGGAAACUUCAAUCCAACCACCGCCGUGGUCAUGAAAGUCGUCGAGGAAAGCAUGCCAGACUUUUACUACCCUUGUCCGCAUGGUGUAAGUGCACCGAGCAGUAGUGUUCACAUCAAAUCUUUGCUAUGAUCAGUUGCAUCCUUUCUCUCUAUCCUUCCAGAACCGAACGUACACCGUUUUUUGGCUGCUGCCGGCGAAAUUUAUUCCCGAAUCGAUGCCGUCCGGAGACUAUCGACUGGACAUCUAUUAUCGAGAUUCAGCAAACACGAUUUUCUUUGCCCUAGAAAUGUAUGGCGCAGUGCGGAAACAGGGAAUCAUUGGUUGAGAAGCGUACAGAAGCAUACAGAAGAUCCACUAUUCCUAAAUGAAUGUGUCCACGACUUAGUGUUCGGCAAAAAAAAUAACGUAACGCUGUCAAAUCUAUUUAAUCGUUGCGCGGUAAUGUUGGUCGGUUGCGAUUAGAUCACUUGCUCAAGAACCUGAACGAAAAGGCUUCAUUGUUAUUUCCGCUAAUUGUCGUACUGCCAGUGAGUAGACAACUCCACUAGCAGGCAACGUGACAGACAGCAGAGCCACACAUCACACAUCAGUUGGAAAGGCUCGCCCGGACUAGUGAAAGCGUGUGUUAAUUGUUUAGGUCCAUGUUUCAAACAUGAGUCCUCCGUUGUCGAAAACAUUGAACGUCGUGCUGCUGUGUAUCUUUGGGCAUGCCGUACUCCACUCCUUCGUGCCACCAACAGCCGCGCUGGCGGGUAGGAAAUCGGGCACGAAUAAUAAUGUUUCGCACAGUCUACGGAUCACCAUGAUGCAGUGUAUUAAUGCGCCGUACAAGGAGUCACAAUUGCACAACUGCAAGAUGGAACAGUUUCCGAACGGUACGGUCGGUUUGAACAUUUCGCUCACCAUUCCGAAAGUGCUGAACUAUUUGGGACUAGUUGUAAAGACGUACUACAAGUACACCACCUACCGACCCUUCAUGAUCGACUGGAGCAUAGAUUACUGCCAAACGGCACGCAACCGCAACAUGAGUCCUGCCUCUGUCGUGAUCAUGAAAAUCAUCCAGGAAAGUCUUCCGGAGUACAGCUAUCCCUGUCCGCAAGGCAAUAUAACGUACGACACCUUCUGGAUGUUUGAGCCGCGAUACGUUCUGCAAACCUUACCUUCCGGCAACUAUCGCAUGGACAUUUUCAUCAAAGAUGCAGCGGAUAAUACACUGAUUGCAUUACAAAUAUUUGGCGCUAUUCGUAAGCAAGGCAUCAUUGGAUGAGUUUGGACAUGACAAGCCCUAUUGGAGAGUGUGGAGUCUUGCAACACUUAUCAUAGCACUGAAAGAUCCUCGAGAGAUGUAUGAAGUCUAAUGACUAAAAGUCAAUCGGUAAAGCUUACAGUUCCCACAUUCAUAUCAUGGCUAAUGCAAAUAAUCAGCUCAGUGGAUCAGUCAGAUACAAUUAACGAUUUGUGACUAAGUUUGGGUUUUAAUAUUUACAUUUAAUUUACUGACAAUCAAAUACAGAAAAAAUAUUCCCUCAUGUCGCGGACAUACAAUUAGCAUAAGUUGGCCAUAUUACACCUUAUCCGACCUUAAGCAGAGUGCUCCACGUUGUGGACUUUAGGUCUUUCCUGUUCCUUCGUGGCUAUCUGGUAACGUUCCUCGAUUUGCUUUGUCGACCUUGGCUUAAAGAUUUUUCACAGUGUGGCAUGACAUGUUGCAUGAUUCAGAAAUGUAUCUAGACUCUUAAUCUUAAUUAAGUCUACGAGGCGGCAUUAGAAAUCCUCUAAUGGUCUACUGGCGAACACAUGAGCGCCAUCACUCCAUCUCAAUUAAGGCCUACCACGCUUUCUGUGUUCAUUUGAACACCGCAAACAAUGUUUUGCAGGUUGAGUCACAGCAGAAUUCUAUUUCUAUGCAAAUUGUAUGGGUCGUAGGGCUAGUUACAAUUGUGUCGGAUCAUCCAUUGCAACUACCUUUGACUCGAUUUUAUCCAACCCGGUCUGGGCGAGAUCCUGGCGUAUGAAGACCGCCGAUGCUGGUGCAUCCUCCAUCGGAUCAUAUUCUUCUGAACGACUUUUAUCAGCCUUGUAUUAAAUCCAACAGCGAAACACGAGUCCAACACACCAAUGGGUUGUUAGUACGCAAUCCAAUGACACAGAUGACAUAUCGAGACCAAGGCUGGAUAUGCAUUAAACCCUCUAAAACACUUAUGAUGCAAUAAAAUGGGUCAGAGGUUCUCCAAUAAAAAAAAAAAA